UCCCGUCUCUGUUGUUCCUCAUUCAUCCGCACCCCCGCUGCUUUUACUCGGUGAUCAGCAUCAGCAUCAACAUCAACCUCACUAUCACUCACCGCUUCCUCAUUCUCUACCUCCAAUUACCACAUCGAUUGUUUGUGCCGGCUAUUCACGAGUACCGCUUUACUGAUGGCCUCCCAAUUUCAGAACCUUAAGAAUUUCAUCCGUCACGGAAAGCAAGCUCGGCAGCAAGAUCCCCCACCACCACAGUCCAAAACGCAUGCCUUCUCCGACCCCUCUAUGGGCGGCGGCGGCGGCGUGAGCUUGGGCGGUCACGCUUCGAAGCACGAUUACUCGGCCGCCGCCGUUGACAACCGGAACGCCGCCGCUCAAGCCAAUGCUGUCGCCGCGAACGUUACCAGUGCACACCAGGACAUGGCGGAUGUUGCUGCUGGCGCUCAUACGACAAAGCAGGGAGGAAAUAAGGUCUACGACCAAGAAACUCUCGCCAAAAUCAUCGCGGAGGAGAAGGAGAACAGGGAGAAGCUUCCGCGGUAUCCUGGACUCGAUAGAUGGCUUUUGACCCAGAAGAUGGGUGACGGCGCGUUUAGCAACGUGUACCGCGCACGAGAUACUACUGGAGAAUACGGAGAGGUGGCCAUCAAGGUGGUCAGGAAGUAUGAACUGAAUGCAUCACAGGGUGACAAACACCUUCAUCCGGACGUCAAGAAAGGAAACAAAGUAGUCGAGCGGGCAAAUAUUCUGAAAGAGGUUUCCAUAAUGCGAAGGCUCGACCAUCCUAAUAUUGUCAAGCUCAUCGACUUCAAGGAGGAGAAGGCAUACUACUACCUCAUCCUGGAACUGUGUCCUGGAGGCGAACUGUUCCAUCAGAUCGUCAGGUUAACAUACUUCUCGGAGGAUCUGAGUCGACACGUCAUCGUGCAGGUUGCAGAGGCGCUGAAAUACUUGCAUGACGAGAAGGGCAUCGUUCACAGAGAUAUCAAGCCCGAGAAUUUGCUGUUCUAUCCCACAGCGUUCGUUCCAGCCAAGAAUCCGAGACCGAGGGCACCAGAGGACGAGGACAAGGUUGACGAAGGAGAAUUCAUCCCCGGUGUUGGUGCAGGUGGGAUCGGACACAUCAAAAUUGCCGAUUUCGGUCUGUCGAAGGUUAUCUGGGAGGAUACGACGGUUACCCCUUGCGGAACAGUUGGUUACACGGCGCCGGAAAUUGUCAAGGAUGAGCGUUACUCCAAAUCGGUUGAUAUGUGGGCACUCGGUUGUGUUCUCUACACCCUUCUCUGCGGGUUCCCGCCAUUCUACGACGAGUCGAUCAGCGUUCUUACGGAGAAGGUUGCCCGAGGACAGUACACCUUCCUCUCGCCAUGGUGGGACGACAUUUCGAAGUCGGCCCAGGACUUGGUGUCACAUCUCUUGACGGUCGAUCCGGAGAAGCGAUACGACAUCAACCAGUUCAUGAGGCACCCCUGGAUUCGUGGUACCGAGGAGCCAACUCAGGCGGCACAGGAUGCUCCCCCGUUGGCCACCCCCGCCGUUUCGAAGGAGGGAAUGCACCACUUCAUGGACGAGUCACCGAGCAUCGCCCUCGAUACCCCUGGUGGAGGUCGUCGCAUGGACUUCCGAUCGCCCGGUGCUGUCUCGCUGCGUGAGGUGUUUGACGUUGGAUACGCCGUGCAUCGCAUGGAGGAGGAGAACAAGCGCAGAAAGAACUGGAAGCAGGGUUACCGCGGCACUGCCAAUGCCCCGCUCAAUGAGGAGGACGAGGACGAAUUCGAGGAUUCCGACGACGAGACUUCGGUCAAGAUUCCCAGAGACGGCGAGUCCGACAACGUGGCCAACGUUGAACAGAAACUUCGAAAGACGAAUCUCAACAGCGGAUUACCGCCGGCUGGAACGCAAGUGCCUACCGGAGCGAGCGCGUACUCAACUCACGUCGCAUCCGCUCGGACUCCUGCGGCCGCCCAGAAGAAGAUUGUGCCCGGCGCAACCAAGAUGGGUGGACCGAAGAAACGUGUGGGCCACGGUUUCGAGCUGAGUCUGGACAAUGCGACUCUCCUCGGUAGAAGGAAACGGGGAGGCGAGGAGGCGACGGUUGCCGGUUGAUUCUGCGACUACUCGCUUCUUACGUCUGUAAGGAACCCCGGAUUGGUUCUUGGCAUCGAUUUGGGACAUAGAAGUUUUAGUUUCGUUUCUUGUUCAUUC